AUGUCGAAGAAGUCGACGACGCUGGCCAAGAUCCGGGCUCUUCUCGAAGACGAGGAGAACGACGACUCCGCGCACCUCACAGAAGAACAAACCCGGGACGUGAUGAUUGGGUUCUACCAACGGUUCAGGGGCGUUGUCUCGGUAAAUGAAGGCACAAUUGGUUUGGAGAUCUUGGACGACGUGGCCGAAGCUGUUAUCGACGGAGAUGGAGAUCCCACACGCAGUUUGUCGGGUUCCAUUCACAUCCUGCCGUUGCCAUCUAUCCAGUGUGAGGCCCGUGGGCCGCCGCCACAUCCCCUGAAUAUCCCAUACCGGUCGCAGCAACUCCUAAGCAGUCGUCGGAAGCUCAAGAUGCAAGCUCACAUUGCUCGGAUCAAGUUCCUCAGCAUGUGUAUCAAAACGUGGGGCUAUUUCGGCUUCCUGAGCCAGUUUGAGGCCUGUACUAGCAAUCGCCGACUUAUGUGGAUGGGAGGACAGCCAGGGCGGAAUACAGGAGACGCCAAAUCGUAUUACGGCCCGGCUAUCGAGAACCUUCGCGAGCUGCUGCGUCGUUAUCCCGACGCUUACAUGGGGAAAAUGAGGAGCGCUCUCCAACCGUUUCGUCUGGACGAAGGAGGGUUCACCAAUCUGACUUCGCUUCUAGUGAAUCUCGGAGCUCUAGACCCGAACAACCCCAAGAAGGAACACCGAUUGAGCGAUCGAGCUCUAGCUCGCGUCCUUCAUGAUAUUAUCUCGCGCCGUAAGAGACAAUCGUGGUGGUUCGGAGUAGGAUGGCCCUGGGAUAGUCUUCGAAACUGUGCGAGAAUUGUCCAGCGUGAAGCGAAAGAGGCGAAAGCCUUACGCGAAGGCACGUACCAGGAGCCCACGGCCCCAGCCUACGACGAACGCGAAUUACAAGGUACGGGUUUGACCCACUUCAUGUUCUCGGACGCCACCUUCGCGGCUAGAGGGACAGGCGAGGUUCGGACACCCGACUUAGACGAUGACGGCACCGAGCAGAAACCACCGGCUACGGCGACGUCUACGAGCGAGGCUGUUUCUGUCCCCGCGGCGGACGAGCGUUCCACGUCUUCCACGACCAAGGGGGAGCGCUCCAGCCAGUCUACGAAACAGUCGAUGAUCCUUCCGAAGCAUUCCUCAGUUCCCCGACGUGCUACUCGUUCGCUGUCGUCAAUCCCACGGACGGUGCCAGUAACCGCGUCGACUUCGAGCUCUAUCGCCAGGGCUCGGCGCUCGGCUUCCGUAGCUCAGCGUUCCGAGGCUCGUCGUUCUUCGCUAGUAGGCCAGAAGCGCUCCCGUAGUCCGACGCCAGAGUUAUCGCCGCCUGCUAAACGCACGCGUUCAAAAGGACGGACUGCCGGGGACGGGGAAGUGCCGAAGUCGAAGAAGUAG